AUGCAGGCGCAAAGGACGGACACUUACAUGAGAUGUGAAGAGCCCUGUCGUCAAAGAAAGAUACGAUGCACGCCGGCGCCAAACGACCGAGAUUGUCUCAGCUGCAUCCGCCUAAAGAAGAAAUGCGUGUUCGCCCCGACAAAGAAUCGAGUGGGAAGCGUGGAAUCAAUGAAGGGUGUCAUUCAGACCGAGUCUUCCUUGGAGUCUGUCGGAGCGAGGUCCGCACAACGCGUCGACGACCCUUCUCUUACUGUGGCCUCGGGCGUUUAUGCCUUUAGAAACAAUGACGGUACGCACCGGUUACUUGGGGAAAUAUAUUUUGUCACCGCUGACGAGGACGAAGGAUUCGGGAAGAGAGACACGUCAGAAGACGAGGGCGCCUUCGGAUCACACUCCGCCUCCAUCGGCUUGGCAGACAGGUAUGGGGGAGCUCCGACAUCAAGUUGGGAAACUCCCGUUGUUUGCUCCAAGCUUCGUUCCAUCGACAACUCGAGACCGUACACCCCGAUGCAAUCGGCCAUUCCUGGCCGGGCCGCGACCAACGUAGGGAUGUCAGACCAUUCCCUUUACCUCAACUGCAACUGUGCCGAAUGCAUGGGCCCUCAUGGCCAGCGACAGGACACCUCCGGCCGGCCGCCAUAUAAUACCAUGGACACCUAUCCAUCUGUCUACGGCCAACCAGCCGUCGGCGGAGCUGGUCCUUGUGUCGUGAGGCCCGGCAUGCAAGCAUCGCCAACCGAAUCCGCCAUACCGCAGGCCGAAGGGUGGCUGCCGGAGACGUUCCCGUAUCAACAGUAUACCUGUUCAGCUCCGAUGGGUGGCAUGGACGGCUACUACAUCAUCAACAAUUAG